GUACCUUUCUCAUACCACCUGUGUUCACUACCCAGAGGAUGACCAUGGGGACAACACAGACACCCACAUGGGUGUUAAUAUGGAUGGCUCUGGCGAUUGGUUUAACUGCCUCUCAAAGUGAGGAUACAUCAAAGGCCACAGUUAACAUCAUCCCCUCAAUGUCAAGGAUGCCUGAGAUUGCAGGAGUGAGUCCUAUACAUAAUGGCCAAGUCUGCAGUACGUGGGGUAACUACCACUUCAAGACCUUUGACGGAGACAUCUUUCAGCUCCCCUCCACCUGCAACUAUGUUGUGGCCUCACUGUGCCAUAGCAGUUAUGAGGAUUUCAACAUCCAGAUGAGGCGGCAGGUGGUGGACAACCAGCCCACCAUUAGCAAGAUCACCAUGAAGCUGGAUGGUGUAGUGGUGGAGCUUUCCAAGGGUUCCGUUGUUGUAAAUGGGAAGAAUGCCAUCUUACCAUUCAGUCAGUCUGGUAUUCUCAUUGAAGAGACUACCUCCUACAUCAAGAUCAAAGCAAAACUGGGAUUGGUAGCCAUCUGGAACCAGGAGGAUUCCUUCUUGGUGGAGAUGGACAUUAAAUUCAGAAACAAGACCUGUGGUCUAUGUGGAGAUUUUAAUGGAGUUCAACAAUUUGAUGAGUUCUAUAGCCAUGGUAUGAAAUUGUCCCCUGUCGACUUCGGAAACUUCUGGAAAUUGGAUGGUCCAACUGAAAGCUGUACUGAAAAAACACUGCUUUCGAAUCAUAAAUGCCCCAAUCUGAAACCAGUUUGUGAGCAGUUGCUCUCCGGUCCUGCCUUCAGCAGCUGUAAGGACUUGUUGGCCAUCGACUCAUUUGUUGAGGCCUGUGUAUCUGACCUGUGCCACUGUGAUAACAGCACCAACUCAUUCUGCCUGUGUAACACCAUCUCAGAGUACUCCCGUCAGUGUGUUCAUGCAGGGGGGAAGCCCCAGCAAUGGAGGACUGAACAGUUCUGCUAUAAAACAUGCCCCUUCAACAUGGAGUACCAGGAGUGUGGAAACCCCUGUGUUGACACCUGCUCCAACCCUGAGAGAGGCCAGAUGUGUGAGGACCACUGCUCAGAUGGCUGCUUUUGUCCUCCCGGCACCGUUUUUGAUGACGUCAACAAGAAUGGUUGUAUCGCCUUGAGUCAAUGCUCCUGCCGCCACAAUGGAAAAACCUACGCACCCGGAGAGUCUUAUUCAAGCACUUGCAAAGAUUGCUCCUGUGGUGGUGGUCAGUGGAAGUGUGUGGACAAGGACUGUCCUGGCACAUGUGCUGUGGAGGGAGGAUCCCACAUCAACACCUAUGAUGGAAAAGCCUACACCUUCCACGGGGACUGCUCUUAUGUUCUGACCAAGGACUGUGAUGGGAUGCAAUUCACUGUACUGGGUGAUCUGGUGCAGUGUGGGCUUUCUGACAGUGAGACUUGUCUAAAGGCUGUUAUCCUGUCCCUCUCAGAAGGAGCCACUGUGAUCAACAUACAACCCAAUGGAAAAGCCUUUGUAAAUGGAAUCUAUUCUCAGCUGCCCUUUUCUGUUGCUGGAGUAACUAUUUUCAGAGCCUCCUCAUUUUUCAUCAUCGUCCAGACCACCUUUGGCCUCCAGUUGGAAAUCCAACUCUCACCAAUCAUGCAGGUCUAUAUUGCUGCAAGCACCGUUUGGCAGCAGAGAACUUGCGGUCUUUGUGGAAACUUCAACAACAACCAAGGAGAUGAUUUCAAGGUCCUGAGCGGAGUGACUGAGGGCACAGCCAUUGGUUUUGCAAACACCUGGAAAACACGAGCCAGCUGCCCAGACAUCAAGAGUAGCUUUGAAAGCCCCUGCAGUUUAAGUCUUGACAAUGAGAAAUAGCAGCACUGGUGCUCUCAGCUGGCUGAUCCUAAAGGGUUGUUUGCUCCAUGCCACGCAGCGAUAAGCCCAGACAUGUACAAAGAUAACUGCAUGUAUGACAGCUGUAACUGCGAGAAGAGUGAGGACUGCAUGUGUGCUGCCGUCUCCUCUUAUGUCCACGCUUGUGCUGCCGAGGGUAUCCAGCUCAGCGGCUGGAGAGACACUAUCUGCAACAAAUACUCCACCUCGUGCCCUAACACCAUGGUCUACAGCUACAGCAUGGAAAUCAGUGAUCGCUCCUGCCGCUGCUACAGCCACUCUGACUUGACCUGUUCAAUCACCUUCGAGCCUGUGGAUGGGUGUGUCUGUUCUGAGGGAACCUACCUGGAUGAUGAGGGCAAGUGUGUUCCACCAGCCAGCUGCCCUUGUUAUUACAAGGGCUCAGUGGUGUCCCCUGGAGAGGUCAUCAGCAAGGAUGGAACCAUGUGCACCUGCAAGGAGGGCAAACUCCAUUGUAUUGGAGAUUCACCUGAUCAUCCAUCAUGUGUUGCACCAAUGGUUUUCGUCAACUGCUCCAAUGCAAGCCCAGGAGUGAGAGGGUUAGAGUGUCAGAAGAGCUGCAAUAUUCUGGAUAUGGCCUGUUGUAUGGGGGAGGGUUAUUGGGAAGGUUUUGUGGGAGAUGAUUGUUUGGUAGAAUAA